AUGGGUAUUCCCGCGGCUUUCCGGUGGCUUUCUUCCAGAUAUCCCAAGAUUAUCUCACCGGUAAUUGAGGAUCAGCCCCUUACCAUGGAAGAUGGCUCCACGAUUCCUGUCGAUACGACUCGUCCAAACCCGAACGGCGAAGAGUUUGAUAACCUCUAUCUCGAUAUGAACGGCAUCGUCCAUCCUUGCUCUCAUCCUGAAGAUCGACCAGCUCCCAAAGAUGAGGAGGAGAUGAUGAUGGAAGUCUUCAGAUAUACCGAUCGCGUGGUCAACAUGGUUCGGCCCAGGAAGAUACUCAUGAUUGCAGUUGAUGGUGUUGCACCUCGAGCCAAGAUGAACCAGCAGCGGUCGAGACGAUUUCGUUCCGCACAAGAAGCCCAGGAGAAGGAGAAGGACAAGCAAGAACUUAUCAAACUCCUCAAGCAACAGAAUGGUGGUAAUUUAACUGCCGAAAGCGAAGAGACUGUCUUAAAAAAGGCUUUCGACUCGAACUCGAUCACCCCUGGAACACCUUUCAUGGACAUCCUCGCCCUCAGCUUGAGAUAUUGGUGUCAGUACAAACUCAACACGGAUCCUGGCUGGGCGAAACUCAAAAUCAUCAUUUCCGAUGCUACUGUUCCUGGAGAGGGAGAGCACAAGAUAAUGAAUUUUGUUCGGUCCCAGCGGGCAUCACCAGAUCAUGACCCCAACACUCGGCAUGUGAUCUACGGUCUUGAUGCCGAUCUUAUCAUGCUGGGGCUUGCAACGCAUGAGCCUCAUUUCCGUGUCCUUCGUGAAGACGUCUUCUUUCAGGAACAGAAGGCACGUUUGUGUAAGCUCUGUGGCCAGAAAGGCCAUGAUGCCCAGAAUUGCCGCGGCGAGGAAAAGAAGAAAGAAGGCGAACAUGACGAGAAGGACAAAGGAGUCGCUCUCAAGCCUUUCAUCUGGCUUCAUGUCGCUGUGCUGCGAGAGUACCUGGAAGUUGAGCUGAGCGUCCCUAAUCUGCCCUUCCGCUUCGACGUGGAACGUGCGGUUGAUGAUUGGAUCUUUAUGUGCUGUUUCGUGGGUAACGAUUUCUUACCGCAUCUUCCAGCCCUGGAAAUCCGAGAGCAUGGAAUUGAUACUCUGACCAAAAUUUGGAAAGACAAUCUGCCUGUUAUGGGCGGCUACGUUACCAAAGAUGGCCACAUUGAUCUUGAAAGAGCGCAGGUCAUUCUGAGCGGUUUGGCCAAGCAAGAAGAUGAUAUCUUCAAGCGGCGAAAAGAACAGGAAGACCGACGUGAGGCCAACUUCAAGCGGAGAAAGCUGCAGAACGAAAAUAAUGGUCGAGGCGGACGCCAGGGUGGACCUGCUCAUCCGAAGAAGAUCAACGGCCUCGAAAACCCUGCCAACGUGCUACUCCAACCCAUUACCUCCUUUUCUGGGCCGAACGAGCAGAGACUGACGCACGACAUGAUUGUGAACCGCAAUAGCGCGCCAGAUGCGAACGCUGCCAACAAGAGCGCCGCUAGUGUACUCAAAGCCCAACUCCAGUCGCAAAAGUCACUAUCAAACGCGAAACCAGCGGAACCGGAUGAAGAUUCUGUUUCCGCUUUAGGAAAACGAAAGGCGUCAACUCUCGAAGAAGGGGAUAGUUCAGCUCCUGAUACAUCCAAUGCGCCAACUCCAGCAGCCCCAGCAGAGGAGGGCCCCGUCGAUGAUGUGCGCCUCUGGGAGGACGGCUAUGCUGAUCGAUACUACGAGAAGAAGUUCCACAAAGAUCCCCAAGAUAUCGAGUUUCGUCACGAGGUUGCACGAGCUUAUGUGGAGGGUCUUGCUUGGGUCUUGCUGUACUACUUCCAGGGUUGCCCCUCUUGGGAGUGGUAUUACCCCUACCAUUACGCCCCAUUUGCAGCUGACUUCCAAGAUAUCGCCAAGAUGAAGAUCUCCUUCGAGAAGGGCAGAAUAUCCAAGCCCUUCGAGCAGUUGAUGAGUGUCUUGCCGGCUGCGUCACGCCAUGCCCUUCCGGAGGUUUUCCACGAUCUCAUGCUUAAUCCAGAAAGCAAUAUCAUUGACUUCUAUCCGGAGGACUUCGAGAUUGAUCUCAAUGGCAAGAAGAUGGCCUGGCAAGGUGUUGCGUUGCUUCCUUUCAUUGAGAUGCCUCGCCUACUAGCGGCCGUUCAAGCAAAAUACCCAGAACUCAGUGCAGCAGAUUCAGCACGCAACGAAAUGGGCAGAGAUGUUUUGAUUUUCUCAGAAGCCCAUGAGAGCCUGUACGAUGAUGUUCUAACCAAGUUCUACUCCAAGAAACAAGGGGACUCCAAAUUCAAGCUGAACCCGAAAAAGAGUGACGGCUUGUCGGGCAAGGUCGAGAAGAAAGAGGGAUAUGUUCCUCAUAGUGAAUUGAAGUACCCUCUUGACAGGAAUGGUAUGCCCAAUCUCGACUAUGAUCGAUCAGUCAGCGUCUACUACGACAUGCCUUCCGUUUCACAAACACACAAGUCGAUGCUCCUUCGUGGGGUUCAGCUACCAAAGCCUGCUCUCACACAAAGCGACAUUCAAGAUAUCCGGAACAAGGCCAACCGCGGAGGCAGGAACGGCGGUUUCGGACGAGGCCACAAUCGAGGUGGCUACAACGGCCCUGGUAUGUCGCGUGGGCCUCAGCAUGACCGGCACCAAGGAGGAUAUGGCAGAUCAAAUGACCACUACCCUCCACCGGCCGCUUCUCAUGUGCCUCCACCACCAGGAGCCCCUGGAUUCGGGAUUGGAGUACCACCGCCGCCCCCACCAGCUCAUUAUUACAAUCAACAGCAGUACGAUAACCGCCAUGGUGGUGCUCCAGGCUAUAACCAUCAAUACAGAGGCCCACCGCAGCCACCUCCUGGUGCUUCUGGUUAUCAGGGCUAUGGAGGACAGUCCUAUGAUAGAGGACGAGGCUCAGGAGGAUACGGCUCAGGAGGCUAUGGUUCUCGAGUACGCAAGGGUCAGUUGCAUGCUCGAGGCCCCAGGAUGGUGGGAGCUGUCGUUGGAAUGUUUGGCUAUGUCUGGUCCAUGUCUGAAAACGGCGAGCUCCCCUAUACGUGCUACCCCUGUGGGUACUGUUCGCGGGGUUUGGCACGAACGCUUAAUGCCUGCCCGGUCAGAGGAACGAGCGACUCCCAACUUGAUCUCUCCCAAAUCUGCGUAUUCACGCUCAAUGCUGUCGUGAUCAUGAAUUGCGACGCAAGCCUAGUCGGCUGCCUUGUCGACAGGCUCGCUACCAGACUCCCCCAUCGAGCUGGCACCAGUGGCCACAGCCUACAACAAGACGAUGUCCUCCACGUUACAAGAGCCACGUUGGUUGAACUAGGAAAUACAUCCAUAUCCACAGUCAUCGCGUCGCUUCUGGUUCUACUCGAGGACCUUGCUCGCCCUUACGCAGCCGUCGCCGACCACCCCAGCCAUAUCUUGGCUUCCGAGCUCUACAUUGUCGCCGUUAUUGCAGACUGCUGUUCUUCUCAUUGGGCCUCUCUCUCACAAGACACAGAUGUAAAACCGAGCCCGACUCCUCCUCCGCUGGACGAAGUGCUUGUGAGCCGCCUCUUCGACGCGUUCAAGCACCUUCUUGAACCGAUCCCCGAGAACUGUAUACUUCCAGCCCAGACUCUACUUGACCAAGUCUCGACGCGCAAUGUCUCCGUCACUCGCCCCGAAAGCUCUUCUGUCUCAUCCGACGCCGAUAGCUCUCCCCCGAGCGACGAGAGGUUUGCAGAGACAUUGGUGGAAAUGGAUAUCCACAUCAAGGCAGUGACCGAGUAUGUCACAACUUCCAGUUGGACUGCUGCCUUCGACUAUUUGAGGAAUGUCAUAUACACUAUUCGAACUAGUAUUGUUACGCAGCCUGGCGUCUCUACGCCUGGAUCUACUCAAGAUGCUGAGAGAGCAGCCCUCGUCGUUUUGCGAUUGCUCUCCUUCUUCUGGGUUGAUGGCCCAAAGCUGAGCCAAGUUAUACAAGAGAUCUGCUCAAGCUUCCUACACUUCCGAAAGCCUUACCAAAACACUAUUGCUGUAGUAUCUCCAUUGCUGAUCAUGAGAUGGCUGGAUCGGUUCCCUCGCGAGUUCGUGCAGCUUCACCAGCUUCACAAGCGACUUGAUGGCGGAGCUGAUACCCUGUUUGACAUGGCGCAGGCUGCGACGGAUAAUGGACGCCGAAAAGGUCUACUCUACCCUCUCCAAACCACUUUGCUUUUCCUCUUGCCGGAUGUUUUUGAAGUAGCGAGCAAUAUGCGCGAAGCAAAGAGCAGCAGCAUGGUGAAGAAGGUUUCCUUUCUAGAUGGACUAAGAAAAGCUUCGCGCAAUCGAAACGAGCAAGCAGCUUACUGUCUGGUUUCUCUGCUCCGUGCUGCAAGACAUUUCGAUGUUGAAAGCGACUCAGCCCUUGUCAGUUAUGCCUUGGAUGUUCAGGACGAGGUCCGCGAUGCUGUUUUUCGCCGUCUUACCGCAUCGGAAUACGGACUCUUUGAUCAGGACAUGAUGACCGCAGCCUUUGUGAGCUUGACCCAUCUCAAUCUUGAUACGAGUGUCAGCGGCUUUGUUGAAAGCUGUAUCGCUCCAAAUGCCCCAAGUAGUUUUAAGUUAGCUACUGUUCAGGGAUGUACGUAUUUCGCUCAACAGCCAUAUGCUCUAAGGUACCACGAACUUUUUGAUGCGGCAAUACCCUUCAUGCGGACGCAAUUAGAGACUGAGAAUGCCAAGGCUGUUAGUACGACGAGUCGACAAGGGAGUGAAAGGACAGAACUGGUCUGCAGCAUUCUCCAAUUCUUGGAUGCAUCCCCAGCUCGCUUGUUAGAUGAUCUGUCAAAAGAUGGUUCAAAUAAUAGCUUCUUCAAGUCCUUCCUUCUUUGCGUUUUGUCUGAGAAUCCAGCCGUGCGUAAACUUGCCACAGGCGUUGCAAGCCGACUCUUUGAAGGCCACCUUGAGGCAUACCGCCAAUUCGAUACCGGGCACCGUUUCGGCACAAAAGAACUUCGUGAUGAUAUCUGGAGUCGAAGCUCCAAAGUUCUACUUGCUUUAUGCGAGUCUGUCACCUCGAAAAAAGAUGAUCAGAGCUUACGCGAUCUACAAGACUAUCUAGAAGCACGUUUACUCCUUCUCAAGAACAUCCCGGAAUUGGCCAAAAUGCCGGAAGAUGCACCGGAUGUCAUCAAUGCAUCUUCCAAGCUCGAGACGACACUUCUCAUCUCUCUUUGUUCUGCCAGCAUCACAACCUGUCAGCUGGUGACUUCCUGCACGGGAUUAUUCAUUCAAGAGUGCUCGAUUGUCGACAAACAUGUAGAGUCGGCAAAGUCAUCAGCAUCAGUGCUUCGAAACGCUGAAGUUUACCGCGAGAUAUCUUCUCCAGCCUUCCGGUUCACUGGACUAGUUGCAUUCCAGAAGCGAGUAAGGGGUCUUUUGCGCCGCAUGCAAUUCCCAACAACGGGCAUCGUUAACGCCUGGGAGACCGCAUUCGAUCGUUGGCUUCAUCUUGCAAAGGAUGUCUCAACGUCAACUGUCGAGAUUGUGGAUGGAAGAGCGUUGGCCGAGUGGCGAAACUAUUCCGGAUUUUUAGCAUCCCUGGGUGGCAUUUGUACCGCCGACCAAGCCAUCAUUCUCGAAGAGCCCACUUUUGGGGGUCUAAGAUGGAUCGAUCGUGUCUCUUCUGAGCACUCCGAGGAACCACUUCUCACGAGAUACCUGAGACUCAGUAUUCAGCUUUUAGCUUGUGCCAAUGUGAGAGUACGCGAAGCAAUGCGAGAUGUGCUUGCCAGUGAAGUCUCACCUGCGCUUUACUAUCCGUUGUUUCGAGCCUUAGAAUCUGAAUUAGAAGUAUUAUUCACUGGAGCUCUGGCCCCUAUUGAGAAAGACCAGGAUAGUGAAGUGGUAUUUGCUGAGCAAGCCGCAUCUUUACUUCGGGCUCUUGUGGAAAGACUAGAAAGCCCCUCUGAUCUCGGAGCUGCAUCUUCAGUUCACCUGGGUGCACUCACACUGAACUUCGCGAAGUUCCUGGAUGGUGUCACCGAUACACCCAAUACGCUGAGGGUCAAGAUUCGGGUUUGCCACCUGUGCGAGGUGGUGACGAAGCGAAAAGAGCACCUAAACUUGCGAGACGAUGUUCGCAUUCGGAACCAACUACUUGAAUACAUCUUCGGCUGGAUUGCGCGCCCUCGCUCACCUCAGCAUGGCCCUGGCUCCAGGCAGGACGACACGGCUCGUGUGCAGAAAGACCUUGAUAAGGCUUGUUUAAAAUCACUGGCUGAUUUGACUUUCCGUUUGCCACUGCAACCCUCCGAGAGCCAUACUGAUGCUGGCAUGAGCGAGAUGAAGUCGCAAAUGUUUCAUACAUAUUUCAACCGCUUUCUGUCCUUACUCAACCAUGAGCCAUCAGAGCUGACUAGGACUGAUACGAACUUGAGUGUCACCCUUCGUGAAGAGUCUGCAUCAAACUCAGAUUUGGCGAUCACCAUCUUGUCCAACUUGCUUAGUGCCAACAUCGAUGUUGGCCUCAAGCACUCUCUUAAUAUUGGAUAUCAUGACAACGUUGAGAUCCGCACUGCGUUCGUCAAGGUCCUCUAUAAUAUUCUGAUCCAAGGCACUGAGUUUAGCAACCUGACGGACUCAGCUGUGAGUGAGAAGUAUGAGGAACUACUCGAGUUACUGACCAAUGAUCUAUCCCUGGCCAUCUCGAUGGCCGUUGCUUGCCCCAGCACUGAGGUGGAUGAGCUCACUAUCUGCCUGCUCACUGUUUUUGAGCAACGAGGAAUGAUCUUUGAGCUUUUGGAGGCACUUAUCAAACAAGAGAUUGAAGAUACCGAGAAUGAGGCUGAGAUAUUGCGUCGAGGGUGUGUUGCAACCAAGAUGCUAUCAGUCUAUGCCAAGUGGAAGGGUGCUUCGUAUAUUCGAACGACGCUCCAAAAGGUCUUGGAGCGUCUUAUGCUGACAUCUAAGGAUCUCGAUCUUGAGCUUGACCCCGCAAGAGUCAGCUCUACAGAGGAGCUUCAGAAAAAUGCUCUACAGCUGCGCAUUGUGGCCAAGGUUUUCAUUGACGACAUAUGCGCAUCUUCUUCCAACAUUCCACCCGCUUUCCGCAAGAUUUGUUACACCAUAUCAAACGCAGUCAUGCCAAGAUUUCCCGAUGCCAAGUACACAGCCGUGGGAGCCUUCAUCUUUCUACGGUUCUUUUGCCCAGCUAUCGUUGCCCCUGAAGUCGAGGGCCUCGUAUCGACAGCACCGUCUAAAGAAAUGCGACGUGGCUUACUUCUGAUUGCCAAGGUCAUACAAAACCUCGCCAAUAACGUGCUGUUUGGGGCAAAAGAACCCUACAUGUUUCCCCUUAACGACUUCCUGACACAGAAUAUUUAUCAUGUUACGACGUUCCUCCGCGAGAUUUCGGUUCCUCCCAAUCAGUUGGAAGUGCAACGCACGACGGAAUCGUUCGAUUUUGGAUCUUGCGUCGCGCUACAUCGUUUCCUUUACGACCAUUGGGACCAUGUCCGCCAAACACUGAUCUCGCGCGAAAGAAAGGAUUACGGCAGAACAUCUGGGGAUGUUGUUCGGGGUAGAUCACCAGUCUUGGAACCGUUGAGAAACCUGAUUGCGAAUCUUGGUCCACCACCGCUUGCUGUUUCGUGGAACAGGCCCCAAGUCUCAUCCAAUAGCCCACCACUGUACUCUCGAUUCCAAAACUUCAUGCUCCGGAAUGCCUUUCGAAGUACGGAAUCAUUCUUGACAGCACGUGCUGUUUAUGAUGGAGGUGAAAGCAAGGACGGCUUGUCUAUCAUCUGUGUCAUCUUGCGUCAUAUUGAGACGGAGAGCAUCGACUAUGACACAUUGCUAUAUUGCUAUCUCAAAAUUGCCAGCAGGUUAUGGCACAGACCGUUUGGCAUCUUGAUCGAUGCGACUUGCUAUAAUGGCCGCAACGAGCCCCAGGAUGACCUGUUCAAGAAGUUAGAGCUCCUAACACCCUCAGAACUGUCACAAAACCUUAGUCGUAUUUAUGUCUAUAAUAUGAACAGUGCAUUCAAGCGGUGCUUUCGACGCCUACUGAGGGUAUGCACGAAGAACGAGAACGGCGUAUUUAACCCUAAAAACGUCGAAUAUCAUUUGAUAGGAAGUCUUCAGGACUUGCAGGCGCAUUUCCACCUCAGCCAGCUACAUCUGCCUAAGGAAACAAUCAGUGUAGUGACUGAUACACGAUACGUCUUUCAACCAAUCACCCGCCUGUCAAAGUCAAAGGGCAAGAUUGAAGUAAUUAUCAAAGUUGGCAGCCAGUUUGUCCAAGUAACAACCACGAAGAAGCAAGAGAUUUUCGCAGGAUUUCGUUUGGGGACGACCGUGAACGACAUUUUCCGGUUGGGCGAAGUUGAUGAAGCACCAACAUCCAUCCAGACUGAAGAUGAUUCGGCUUUUGGCUUACGAGCUGACAACGGGAAGAUCGUGAUGUACUUUACGAGCCCAAAGAAGUCCGAUGUGCUUCAGACGAUCCGGGGUGCCAAGGCCAAGCAUGGCAAGGAUAGCAGGGCUCACAAAUCUGUUGAGCGCCUUAUCAGGCCACAAGAUGUGCCAGGUACGCUGUUGAAUCUUUCACUGGCGAAUUUGUCGAGCCAUGAUCACAUCCUGAGGCUGUCUUCCUACAAUCUUCUGGGGGCUCUUUGCCGGGCCUUCAAAUUCAGCUCCGCUUCACGGAUCGUCUGCACCAAAGAUGUUUCUGUUCCUUUAGAUCCAACCCGUUUCGUAGUGGAUAUCAGUAAGGAGUUGGCACUGAGUGAGCCUCAGUUGACGUCAGACUUUUUGACAGAAUUCUUCGUGGGCUGGGAAAGCUUCCCUGAUGAACAAAAGCCUCUGAGUCUUGCCUACAUGGCUCCUUGGCUUCCUGGUCUACGGACCAACAUCCUCACAAGCGAGCUGGAUGGGGAGAAAGGGCGAGAAAGAGUCGCAAUUCUAUUUCGAAAGCUUAUCGAUGUGACUGUCCAGGAUCAUUCACUUACUUUUGCCCUGGAACAAUCCGUGUGGCCAAGGAUUGUUCAAGACGAAAUCUUGCUCGAGGUUUUCCUGGAUGAGCUGCUGAAGUCAGCAAUGAGCUAUAGCGCGCAUGACGAAUCUUUAGAGGUCAUCGCGUCUAUCGUAGUUGGUAUCGGAACUGUUACUUUACGCGGCAAGAUCCUUUCAAGGCUCCGUAAAGCUCUCAACAGAUCCUCGCUCCGACCAACGAAGUACCUGCCAGACAACGCAGUCUGGUCUGAAAUCUGCGUCUUGCUUCGCUUCUGCCUUGCACUGUCUUUCGACAACGGGGUGCAGUCUCAACUUUUCCUACCGGAGAUCUUCCAUAUCGUGACUAUGCUGGCCAACACUGGUACUCAAGAGGUUCGGUUACUUGUUUACCGGUUGCUUGUCAACACGGUUCACGCCGUAUGUACAUCAUUCAGCCUGGAUGAUGCCAGAUCUAGCAAACUGCGAGCAAGUCUAGACUUUCUAUGCGAUCCUCGUAGCGACAUUUUCACGGCGCCGCCAACCUUCCCUCGCGAUGGUGCCUCAGUAUCGACUUCACAGGACGCAGGCCCCGCGUUGACGGCGACCGAAAAUCUCGCAUCUGCUCUCUUUGAAAUUUGCUCCGUCGCUGCACCAACAGUUGACCUUGCUAAUACAUGGCGAUCGAGGUGGAUGAGCCUAGUUGCAAGCACGGCCUUCCAGAAUAAUCCUGCUAUUCAACCACGUGCAUUUGCGGUUAUGGGUUGCUUGGCUCGGGAAGAGGUCGAUGAUGAUUUGCUCUACCAAGUGCUUGUUGCUCUGAGGAACAGCGUCAAUCGAUUUGGCGAGGAUCACAACAGCGAAAUGCUUGUCUCCAUCGUCACGUCGCUAUCGAAAAUGAUGGCAAAACUCCCAUCAGCAUCACGCUACGGUCUGCAACUUUUCUGGCUGGCCAUGUCACUCGUGCGGUUAGUACCUGCGACUCUGUUCAACUGCACUGCGCAGUUUCUUGAGGCGGUGCUAGCGAACAUAAGCACUGGAGAAGAGUUCCGAGGAGAUAGCAUGGCUUCACUACUUCUUCAAGGUCGAGCCCCGCUGGACGAGGCUGCGUUGCCCCUGGAGGAGAUAUACGGUAUACACUUCGAGGAAGAAUCCUUCCACCUCGCCGUUUGUGCAUGUCUGGCACGUGGACUAACCGACACCAUGACACGACAAAUCACCAUGCGUGUCCUAUCUUCUUUUCUAGAGAUGAUGACGGCAAAUGUGGAGGGUCGGGAAAAGGCUGAGAUGACCCAGACCUCACCAUAUCUGUCUCUCCUGACAGCCCGCGCUGUUGAAAAUGACGAAUUCAAAGACAGUCUCUGGUCUGCUGGUAUUGACGCUGAUGAAAUUGGGUUUGCUAAUGGAAUGCGCAAAUCGCCGGAUCUCGAAGGGAUGCCGGAUAACGUCGUCUUGUUGAUCACAGCAAUCGAACUUGUUGACUUCCAGUAUGUGGAAGACUGUGUGCAAAGGCGCAGUUUGGAUUGGCUUAACAAGCUUGCGACGGAACGCCCUAUUGUGGUAGAACAAUUAUCCGGAGCCAUUCGCUCUUUACUAGACGAUACUUUACUGCACAGCCAAAACUCGGCGACGUUAAGAGCUGCACAUACUCUUUUGCGCGCUCUGUCAUCGACCCAACAAUUUUCAAGAGCCACUGGCUUAAUGUCCACACUGACCGAGGUUUUGGACUCGAUGGGAUUUGGUGGAUUGUGGCGAUCAUGUUCAUUUGGAUCAAUGGAAGACGUAAACCGUGACUAUCUUGAGCUAACUGAGCGAUUAAUAGAGUUAAUAAUUAUUUAG